AUGGCUUCCGCCCUGCAGCCUCCCAAAGGUCCCUUCUCUCCUUUCGAGAGUGAGACCUUCUGCAAAGAUGUCUCCAUCGAGUUGGACGAGGACAUUGGUGCCGCGUCAAUAUCGCCGUCUGGCCGCGAUGUCGUUCUGGCAAACAAGCGCGGACUACAAAUAAUUGACUUGGACAAUCCCUAUUCCGCGCCUCGCCAGAUUCUGAACAAAACUGACUGGGAAGUCGCCGAUGUUCAAUGGUCUCCCUUUGCAAGUCGUUCCAACUGGAUUGCCGGAACCUGUAAUCAAAAGGCACUCAUCUACAAUGUUGGAAUGAGCCAUCAGACUUACCAUGCUCCCAUCCAAUUCACUCUUCACAGCCAUGAGCGUGCCAUCACUGAUAUCAACUUCAGUGCCCACAACCCUGACGUACUCGCCACCUGUGCAGUCGACAGCUACAUCAUGACUUGGGAUUUGCGAGAUCCUGGUCGAGAAACAGGUGUCCUCCAGGCCAAUAGAUAUGGUAGAUUCCCGCUAUCCCCCACCACCAUCCAAGAGUGGACACGUAAUGAAUCCCUUGAUAUGUCUGAGCUCGCGUUUAAACUCGAUGACUUGCCAACGAGUCGCCACAGAGAACCGCAUAAGCCUACCGAACAAUUCGCCAAUUUCGAGGCCGCCGCUUCGCAGGUCAAGUGGAACCGCAGGGAUGAGUUCAUCCUUGCCUCGUCUCACGAUAAAUAUGUUCACAUUUGGGAUACUCGUAAGGGCGCAACUCCCCUGACAACCAUUCUGGCCCAUAACAACAAAGUGUGCGGCAUCGAUUGGCAUCGGUCCAUAAAAACUACCAUCCUGACAUGCUCUCUGGAUAAAACCAUCAAGAUCUGGGAUGAUGUUGGAAUACGAUCGGACAUCUUCAAGCCGUCCACCACAAUCCGGACUCUGCAUCCAGUUCGACGUGCACGACAUACCCCAUUCCCCAAUGGCAUUCUCUCCAUUCCUCAGCGAGGCGAUACAGGCCUGAGUCUCUAUACUCAGACACCUCCCAAAGAUGUCGACAAGAAGACGGGAGCCGCGCAACCUGCACAUGUCUUCCAGGCGCAUGCCGAAAACUCUGAGGUUCUCGAAUUUCUCUGGCGCGCUAGGGGCUCAGCAGAGGGCGGGUUUGACGAUCGCGAAUUUCAGCUCGUCUCUCUUGGGACCGAUCGGCAUCUCAAUCUCUACACCGUACCGUCUCAGACGUUGUUCAACGCCGUGGGCUUCAAGAAGGGAGUUCCGGUCGUUGAGAACAUCACCAAUACCCGAAAGGAUGCAGACUAUGCCAGCUAUCGAGACGGACCUCAGGAGGCUCUACCCACGAAUCCGCUUGCAAGCGGUCUCUCAGCCCUAAUGCAAAACGCAGGGCGACUUGAUUCUGUCAACAGAAUGCAGCUCGAUGAUCAGAGAGCCACGAUGACAGCUCAGACCAUUCGGCAGCUUGGCAUUGCCGACGUCGCCAAUAACAUGAGAUGGAUUCAUGGUGUGAAGGUGGGAGAGCGCCACCAAGAUCUUGGUGCAGAUGUUCAGUCUUCGUCUGCUUCUAAAAAUCAGACUUCUGUUGAACAACAAAAGGAUCUCAAAGCUGAGAUAUCCCAUGUUGGCCAAAGAUACAGCAAUAUCAAAUUCGAGAAGACCGAUUUCCAAUCUCGAUCUAUCACCGUCACACUAAAUGGACCCUGGGGUGAACCCGACCAUUCUAUCGGCCGCAAGAGCGAUAGGAAGCUGGUCUUUCUACGUCUUACAAUAUAUUUCCCGGAUGCAUAUCCCAACAUCACUGGCUUGAUCGCUAAUCCUCUCGAGGUCAAAUUUCACAAGACCACUGCCGCCAUUGACGAAAACACCGCUGCACAGCUUCAAGAAGAUCUUCUUACCAUUGCCGACAGAUUCGCAACGGUAGGCCUUGAAGCCCUCGAUGCUGUGGUGUGCUACGCCCUUGGCGAACGUAGUCUCGAGGACACCCUAGCGGCCGCCUCCACACAAAGUCAGGACGCCGAAUGGCCUCCUGCAGUGUCUAGGAGCACGUCUAGUGAUGACGAGGAUGAAGACGCAUAUGAUGGUAUCGGACAAAAUCUUCUUGAUUCUUCGCUGUCUGAUGCUAACAUUCCCGUACCAAUCCAGUGCACUGCACGGUUCGCGGCUGUUGGGUUUCUCGUACUCUCGAGACCACCAAAGCCAUUAAACGGCACAGGGCUAAGCGAUCCCGUAAGGCUGACGAGAUUGCCACUUCAAGGUCCUCGAAAUGAAAUCUUUGAAUCCUUUGGGCGAUUGGACCCAGAACGCGGCUAUGGGUCAGAGUCGCCCACAUCUUCAACAGGUUCAUGGGACAUGGCAUCAUCCGCCUCAACCUCGUCCAGCUCUGGUCGCGAGACCAAUGGGCCAAUUGGGCAAUUUCAACCGCCCCUCGCGUGGCAAAGGGGCAGCGUGCGGUUCCUAACGCAGCAGUCACAUCCGUCAUCUCUCGGGGCUUCCAAGACCAAUGAGGCACGAUCCGUUUUAACAAUCCUGGGGCCUUCUGUGGAAGAUUUGAUACCUAGCAAGAGAAAACUUGCUGAGGAGUAUCGGAUUUUUGGAGAUGGACCCAGCGUUUGCUUGCAUAAUUCGGAGGUGGCUCGGAAGUCUGGCUUGCACGAUUUAGCGGAUAUCUGGCUACUCUGUAAACUCAUUUUGAAUAAUGAGGUGCCAUUGGAAAUAUUGCCACAGCAGCAUAGGCGAGAGCAAGUAUUGGUGCUGGCGCGUAGAGCUCUUGUACGGAUCAAGCGCAAAGAUAGUGGACUGGAUCUCCAGUUUGAUGAGGCGGACACAGUGACAAAUCCGAAAUUGCGAGGCAGGAUCAAGUGGGGGCAUCAUUCCGUCGUGACCUGGCUGGUUCCUGCUCUAUUUGACCACUUUGAAAGGCAGGCCGACAUACAGAUGCUCGCGAUGUUGUCCUGUAUAUUCUGCGAACCUGCCGCGCGCGAAGGCGUCACCAGCGCCAUGGCACGGAUGAAGCAAUCGAGUCUUCCAAUGUCUAUGGAGGCGCCCGCGUUCUCCUUGGACUACUUCUCGUCGGCCGAUGCUGCUUGGAGUUUGUUCAAGCCUACAAUCUCCAUCCCGUCCACUCCCGCGCAUUCGCGUUAUGCCACACCAGUGAAUGAAUUUGGGUGGCACCGAUUCACGCGAACCCUGGGCACUUAUGGAUCCCAUGGAUCGUCGAAUGGACCCUGGGGCAGCGAUACAUUGCCAUCCGAACCCGUAACGCCAUACUCUACAGGAAGCACGCCACCCACAGUGUCGCGUGUGCCAACGCUUCGCUCACUGGCGAGCCACACUCCAUACUCCAGCUCGCCAGAGCAGCUACCGACUCAUAAGAGGUCGUCCACGGCCAAUUUCGCGAAUGCCAUCGCCACACUUUCGCGUCCCUUUGCUAACGCAGUUUCGUCCUCGCCUCCAGUAAAGAAUCGAACCGACGCCGACCUCUCGACUUCAGCGCCUACUGCUGGUGUCACUUGGGGCACUACCACGUUCUUCAACAGCGGCAGUCAGGAGAAAUCUCCAGCCCCGCCCCCACCACGUUCGAAGCAUGGAAAACGGGCCAGUUUUGGACAGGCAGAUCGGAUAAACAUCGACUAUUACUCGGAUUCUGAUUCGGAGUACGGAGACGCUGCACUCUUGCAAGAUGCGAUUUCCGAAUACACGGCACCCCUCACGCCUAGAGAUGAUCUCGAAGAGGGAAGUAUCAAGGUCACGUUGAAGAACCAGGAUCAGUUCGACGACGAAGCUAGUGUGAGUGCCCCACUACUGGACAUGGGCAAAGAUUGGCUCUACAAGGCGUGGAGGGAGCAGUAUGCAGAGAUGUUAGGUCGUUGGGGCUUGAUCAGUAAACGAGCGGAAGUACUGAAGUACAACGGCUUGAUAUCGUACUUUCCCCCAGAGUCAUCACGGGCAGGCUCAAAGGCAGGUUCUGUACACCUUGCAUUUAAAAGCGAAGUUGGCGAGAACGCAUCGCAACCAAGCUCAACCCCACUCUCACGGUCCUCGACACUUGCUCCUCCAACGGGAACCCAAUUUCGCCGCACGCCCACCAGUUCUCCGCGCCAAUUCUCCUUCAACCCUGAAGCCCAUGAAUUCCGACCAGGCGGCGAAUCCAAUGACCCUUUCACGUUGGAAGGCCCAUCAUCCGCCAUCCAAAUCCCUGGCGUCGGCGGCGAGCAAUACCCUCGAUCGACAGGACAUUCGCCCUCGCAUAGCACUGCGGCACCUGAGCUUCUAUCCCUUACUCCCGCGUUCCCCGGCAGCCUAGAAAGUAGCAGGUCCACCAUCAGGUCCUCGCGCCCUAGCAUUGGAAGCCGACAGCACUCGACCAUGUCACGAAAUUCCGCGCGCUCUUCCGCUGCUGCUGCUGCUUCUACAGCGACAGCGACAACCACGACGAAACGCGGCGGCGGGGGAAAAGAGCAAAUAUAUAGUUGUACUAUAUGUUGGCUGAGAGUCGGCGGUCGGUUCUUCUUGUGCCCGAGCUGUGGACACGUUGCACAUUUUGGGUGUAUGGAUUUCGAUGAAGAGACUGCCAUAGGUGCUGGCAUUGGGUGGGAGGAAGGCGAGUGCGUUGUUGGAUGUGGAUGUGGGUGCGGCUUCGAGGGGGAAGAAGUUGGUGGCCAAGGCGAGGUUGAAGAUUUGGAGGAAGAGGCAGAUACUGUCGUCGGGUAUGAAGACGAGGGAGGAAGAGGUCGAGGUCUGGAGACGCCGCGGCGGCGGAUCGCUGGCACCGCUAUCGGGGGCAAGGCUGGGUGGAGUGCCUGGCCAUCUUCGUCGGCAUCAUCGCCGCAAAGGGGGGAUGGUACAGUUACGCCUCAGGGACGUACGCGCACCAGGAUGUCGACAACCGCGGCGCCGUAUGGUUUUGAGGGAAUUGGCAGGUGGAACGAGGCGACUGACAUGUCCACGGCGGUGGCGAGUCCAGGGAAGAGAACUGGAGACAAGAGGGGCAAGAGGCGGCCGUGA